UGUCAAUUGUUGUCUUCUAGUAAAUCGAUCGAAGUCACUUUCAAUCAUGAUGUUUCAGACGCACAACAAAUCUUGGAACUCUCCAAUGUUGAAAUCCUUAAGCUUUAAACCCUUCUUUCACAGCCUAAAUCCAAUCACAACAGUGCCCAUUUCAACCCCAAAAUCCAUUUCUUCUCUUUCAACCCUCUCAUUGAACCACAACUCCUCAACCACUUCACAACAAACCCAAUUCACAGUUUCAUAUCUCAUUACCAAUUUCGGUUUCUCAUCAGAAACCGCUUCAAAAGCUUCAAAACUAGUUCAAUUCGACACUUCCCGAAAACCCGAUUCAGUUAUCGCUGUUUUCAGAAACUACGGUUUCUCUGAUUCUCAGAUAAAAAACAUCAUUAGACAAGCACCCGACAUUCUUAAAUGUGACCCCUACAAAAGGGUUUUGCCAAAGUUUGAAUUUUUAACCUCAAAAGGUGCUUCAAAUAUUGAUAUUGUGGAGAUAGUUACAAGAAGCCCUAGAAUUCUUGGUUCUAGUCUUGAGAAUAGUAUAAUCCCUACAUUUGAAUCGGUAAGAAUGUUCCUUCCUUCUAAUGAGAAAGUUAUUGAACGUAUACUUCAUUGUAAACAUUUCUUUGGUCAUUUUCAUUUUAUUAGAAAUGUUAAGAUGUUACUUGAUGAUGGAGUCAUUCACUCAAAUAUCACUUUUUUAUUGCUUAGAAGACCGUCUAUAUUAUUGACUUACGAUAUGAGGAAUGCUUUGGAUUUGGUUAAGGAGAUGGGGUUUGAUGAUCCUACCAAUGUGAAUUUUUGUCAAGCAUUGUUAGCCAAAAGGGCCAUGUCGAAAUCUCGUUGGGAUGCGAAAGUUGUUGUCUUUAAGAAAUGGGGUUGGUCUGAUGAAAUGGUUCUUGAAGCGUUUAGGAAGCGACCAUUGUGUAUGUUAGCAUCCACGGAGAAAAUUAAUAAAGUGAUGAGAUUUUGGGUCAAUGAGUUGGGUUGGGAUUCUUCGGCUCUUGUCAAAAGGCCGGAGGUUUUUUCAUAUAGUUUGGAGAAUAGGAUCGUUCCGAGGGCUUGUGUUGUUUCGUAUUUGAUCUCCAAAGGUUUGAUUGAAAAGAAUAUUGAAUUGUCUACUCCAUUUGGUGUUAAUGAAAAUGUGUUUCUUGAAAAGUAUGUGCAGUGUUUUAAGGAGGAAAGCGAUGAUUUGUUAAAGUUAUACCUAGAAAAAAUGGGUGUUUGAAAAAUCAGGGAGGACGGUCUAGCAUCUGGAAGCUGUUGAAUGGUUAACUUCUAAGCACACAUUUUGUGUAAUUCAACAUCUUAAUGUUUCUUCAUCCCAUAUUCAAGUACUUGUGUUAAACCUGUCUAAGUUGCAAUUAAUUUAACUGAGUUAUUUCAUUAUGAUGGGGUAGAACUUGGAGCACUUGUUCAUAGUUGUAUUCUUCAAUUUUCAUUACAGUUGUGAACUUGCAAUGUGUGUCAGCUACUUGAUGCUUAUAAAUUAUUGAAGCACAAGUACAAAUUCUUUAAUAUCCAAUGCUUAUUUGUAACCUAGCUUAGCUGAAUGUUUAUGCUGCUAUUGCUACCUUUGCUAGAAAUAUUCAUCAAUCAUCCUUCAUCCUUGUAUUUUGAGUGUGUAUUGGGGUGGAUACUUAGUUAUUAGUUUCACGAAUCUCAACUGUUGGCUUUGGCUUGUGAUUUGAAAUAUUUUAAAGGUUUUUGAGCAUUAGUGAAGAAAA